UGGGAUUUGACUGACGCCAGAUUUUUUGUCAUCAAGAGUUACUCCGAAGACGACAUUCACAGAUCAAUAAAGUAUCAAAUCUGGUGCAGCACUGAGUACGGCAACAAGAGACUUGAUGCAGCCUACAGGGAGCGAGACAACAAGGGUAAGAUCUAUCUCUUCUUCAGUGUAAAUGGCAGUGGACAUUUUUGUGGAGUGGCCAUGAUGACUUCGGCACUUGAUUAUGAGAAGCAAGCCGGUGUUUGGGCUCAGAACAAAUGGAAAGGUCAGUUCAGUGUUAAGUGGCUGUACGUGAAGGAUGUACCCAACAGCCAACUUCGUCACAUCAAACUGGAGAACAACGAGAACAAACCAGUCACAAACUCCCGUGACACUCAGGAAGUACCAGCAGACAAAGGCAAACAGGUUCUUUAUAUUAUACAUCAGUACAGGCACACCACUUCUCUCUUCGAUGAUUUUCAACACUAUGAACAGCGUUUGGCUGAUGAUGCCAAGCUGUCUCCUCAUUAA